AUGACUAAAAAGAAUAUAGCUUUUCAUUUUAUUGCCAUAAGAAAUGCCUUUUACUCUGAAGUCAGCAUUGGGAUCACAGCCAACGCCUUCCUUCUUCUCUUCCACGUCCUCUGGUUCUUUCUCCAGCACAGGCCCAGGCCCACAGACCUGGCCAUUGGGCACCUGGCCCUCAUCCACCUGCUGAUGCUGAUCACUGUGGGGGUCAUAGCCACAGACAUUAUUGAGACUCAGGAGUUAUGGGACGACAUCACAUGUAAAGCUGUCAUCUACUUGCACCAGGUGAUGCGGGGCCUCUCCCUGGGCACCACCAGCCUGCUGAGCGUCCUCCAGGCCAUCACCCUCAGCCCCAGGAGCUCCUGGUUGGCAAAGGUCAAGCGCACAGCAUCACAUCACAUCAUGUGUGGGUUUCUCUUGCUAUGGGUCUUCAAUUUGUCCAUCAGCGCUCGUUUCUUAAUCUCCACUAUUGCCACCACAAAUCGUACGUCUAACAGUCUUAUGUUUGUCACCAAGUCUUGCUCUCUUAGGCCCCUGAGCUACUUACCCAGGUAUACUUUUUUUGCAACUGCUAUCUUCAGGGAUGUCUCCCUUAUAGAACUCAUGGCCAUCUCAAGUGGGUACAUGGUGACUCUCCUGUGUAGGCACAAGAGGCAGUCCCAGCACCUUCACAGCACCAACCUCUCUCCAAGAGCCUCCCCAGAGCACAAGGCCACCCGCACCAUCCUGCUGCUCAUGAGCAUCUUUGUGCUCCUGUACUUGUUGGACUGCGUCAUGUUCUCAUUCUCAGGGAUGUGGUGGAAAAUCGACCCGGUUCACCUCUGUCUCCUGAUGUUGGUGGGCAACGGCUAUGCCACCAUUGGACCUCUGGUGCUCAUCAGUACUGAAAAUCGAAUGAUCAAGCUUUUCAAAUCCAUGUGGGAGAAGGAAAGCACCACAAUGACAAUCCACAGAGAGAUGAGCUCAGGACGACCUUCCUUAAAAGCCUGCAGGUUCCUCUCAGGUGCAUGGAUCCUCCCAGCUGUCAUCCUAGGGAGGUUUGUGGCAGCCUCAGAAGAGACAGGGCUGCAACAGUCCUCCACAGCUCAGGAGAGUUCUCUGUGCAACACGAUGGGGAAAUCUCAGGAUAUGUGCAGUGUGCACUCAGCACAGUGUGGAAGCAGCUGUGUCCUGCGGGAGCUGAGCAGUGGGAUGCAGUAUCCAACCACAACUGGCAGGUGUGCAGCAGAAACAGAGCGGCUACCUGGAGAGGGUGAGAGGGGCUGCAGUAACCCGGGGUAA